UUUCAGCAUGUGUGACCAGGGGUGGACUGACCAUUUGGAAACUCGGGCACUGCCCGAGGGCCCGGGGUCAGUAGGGGGCCCCGUGAGAUGCCCCUGGUACCUUUUUCAUAGGCUUUUUUGAGUUUGGGAAAGGACACAGGGGCCCCAUGAUCCCCUAUUGCCCGGGGGCCUCAUGAGUUGUCAGUCCGCCCCUGUGUUCCGCCCCUGGGGUAUGCAAGAUAUAAAGGCUAAUAGUGCAGUAUGUC